UAUCCACCAAUCCACCAGUUCAGCCAGAGCCUGGACAAGACCACCGCGGUCAAGCUAUUCAAGCUGCUGGAGAAGUACCGCCCGGAGUCUCCCCUGGCCAAGAAGCAGCGCCUCAAGAAAAUCGCCGAGGCUAAGGCCAAGGGCAAGGAGGUGGAGCCCAAGAAGAAGCCCAGCUAUCUGUCGGCCGGCACCAACACCGUCACUAAGCUGAUUGAGCAGAAGAAAGCCCAGUUGGUUGUGAUCGCUCACGAUGUUGAUCCCCUGGAGCUGGUGCUCUUCUUGCCCGCCUUGUGCCGCAAGAUGGGUGUGCCCUACUGCAUUGUGAAGGGCAAGGCUCGCCUGGGACGCCUCGUCCGCCGCAAGACCUGCACCACCCUGGCCCUGACCAGCGUUGACAACAACGACAAGGCCAACUUCAGCAAGGUCCUGGAGGCCGUCAAGACCAACUUCAACGAGCGCCACGAGGAGAUCCGUCGUCACUGGGGCGGUGGCAUCCUCGGCUCGAAGAGUCUUACCCGCAUCGCCAAGCUGGAGCGCGCCAAGGCCCGUGAGCUGGCCCAGAAGCAGGGUUAGAGAACACAGCCUAGCAGCAGCGCACAAGACCUAUGCUAUAAG